UGUGGCCAAAGACUGAAUGAUAUUUUAGACAUAUCAACAGUGAUAGCAAAUAAAUACGUUGGAAAUUUUCUGUUUUCUGAUCAGGCAAAUGCUUUGUAAAUUGUUCGAUGACGUUAUGACGAUGCGACAAUGCGUGGCUGCUACAUCGAACUGGCUGUAGGUCCCGAACACGUGGAUGCAUGCGGAUGUUUUCACAUCUCCAAGAAGACCUCCUUGUUUGUACAUGGUGUAAUUGUACAUUGUAUCGAUUUGAUUUGUUUUACGUGGAAACGGAUCAAGAAUGAGCUCCCAGAUUACAUGUGUUGGGUGGGUAAUGCAAGGAGUGUCCAAAAACACACCAGAUAAAGUGGAGUUGAGCAAAGAGGAAUUGCAACGCAUCAUAGCUGAAGCAAAAGAACAGCUUGGUGAACGUAGGGAUGAAGAAGAGGAGGAAGAUGAUGAGGGUAUGGCCAGUGGGCAGGAGACGAGUGACGAGGCAGAGGCUGCCCGAAAACGGGAACCAGAACAGGAUGAAAAUGAAGCAGGAAGGGAAGAAGAUGAGUUAGCGGAGUAUGGCUUGGAUAAAUAUGACGAGGAGGACACAGUUACUUCCAACCUGGGUGACAGUCUGGCUGGACUUACAGUGUUUAGCACAAAUGAAGAGGACCCUUACAUUACCAUCAAAGACACGGAUCAGUAUGAGCGAGAGGACUUUCAAAUCAAGCCCAAUGACAACCUGAUAAUUACAGGAAGGGCUGAGAAGGACUGCUGCAAUCUGGAGGUUCAUGUGUAUAACUCUGAAGAGGAAUCACUAUAUGUCCAUCAUGACGUUCUUCUGCCAGCUUAUCCACUCUGUGUGGAGUGGUUGAACUUUGACCCUAGUGACGGACCAGGUAACUAUGCUGCUGUUGGGAACAUGACACCCCAAAUAGAUGUAUGGGAUCUAGAUGUGGUGGACUGCCUAGAGCCUGCCUUUAGUCUUGGAAACAAAAAGGCUGCAAAGAAGAAAAAGAAAAACAAAAAGUCUGCAGCAGAGCCAGUUGAGGGCCAUGCAGAUGCAGUACUUGACAUAUCCUGGAACAAACUGGUCAGGAAUAUAUUAGCCAGUGGAUCGGCUGAUGACACAGUCAUUCUGUGGGACUUGGUACAAUGCAAGCCAGCCACAACUCUACGAAGGCAUACUGAUAAGGUUCAGACAUUGGUGUUUCACCCUUUUGAGGCGCAGACCUUGAUUUCAGGAUCAUAUGAUAAGUCGUCUAUCCUUUACGACUGCCGCAGCCCGGAUGAUUGCCAUCGUACCUGGAGGUUCAGUGGUCAGGUUGAGAGGGUGGUUUGGAAUCACUUCUCACCUUGCAACUUUCUGGCAAGCACUGAAGAUGGGUUUGUUUACUGUUUGGAUGCACGCUCAGACAAGCCUGUGUUCACACUGAAGGCACAUGAUGGAGAAGUAUCAGGCUUGAAUCUCAGUAGCCAGAUUAAAGGAUGUCUGGUAACUUCAUCUGCAGACAAACAUGUGAAAAUCUGGGACAUCUUGGGGAACAAACCUAAUCUGGUUCACUCCAGGGACAUGAAGAUGGGUAUACUGUUCUGCGCAUCCUGCUGCCCUGAUCUGCCUUUUGUGUAUGCCUUUGGAGGACAGAAAGAUGGCUUGCGAGUUUGGGAUAUAAGUGAUGUGGCUGCAGUGGCAGAGGUGUUUGGCAGUCGAGACCGUCUGGUAGUGAAUACAGUUCCUGAAGCAGGAAGCAGCAGAUCAAUGGCAGAUAUGGAGCUUUCUUAGGCACAAGAUGUAUUAAAGUAUUAAAUUGUCUUAAAUUCAGAUUGGACCUGAAGGCACAUGAUGGAGAACAACAUCCAAUCAACAAGCAAAGAGUGAAACAUUAGCAAAUGAUUUUGUCCUAAACUGUAUCCCAACUUAGUGACAGUUUUUAAUGCUGUAAUUCUUAGACUUGGCCCUAUAUUGCUUGUACCUAAAUACCAGAACUGUGAAACCACUCACGGAACAACCCCACCAUAAUUUGUUGCCCAGAAAUUAGGCAGCACAGAUAUAUAAAGUACUGCAUGUCCAAAGAUUUCUGAGAGCAAGUGUCGUGAGCAUAAAGUAUACAUCAGUCAGCAGUUGUUAAUAGCUUAACAAAUUGCAAUCAGUGAUGAAGUUAUCAGAAUGUUAUUCUAAGUUCUAUUUCUAAUGAAAUCAAAAUCUGUCUUUUUCAAAACAAAUUCACUUUAAUCAUUGAGUAAUGCUCCUACCUGGUCUAAAUGUAGUCUACCACAUAAAAUGUGAUCAAUAAAUGUUCUUUGAAA